UCUGAGGCAGGGAGCCAGCGUGAAGCCGGUAAAGCUGCGGGUUGCCUGUGUGUGGCCUCUAGCAGGAGGUGGGCUCUGCCUGCUGGGGGGCUUGGGAAGGUACCCCCGCUCCCUGUAGUGUGAGGUCCUGCCAGGAGCCUGAGGGCCGUGGCUGGCCUCAGGAGAAAGCAGGGAUGUUUCUGUAGGGAAACAUUCCUCUUUGCUCUCUGCUUUUGAGUAAUUGCCUUCUUUUCUCCCUAGCUCUGAAAAAGCUGCGUGAAGCUGCCAAUGGCAAUGACUUGGACACAGUGCAGCAACUCUUGGAGGAUGGAACUGACCCCUGUGCUGCAGAUGACAAAGGCCGGACAGCCCUGCACUUUGCCUCCUGCAAUGGCAAUGAUCACAUUGUUGCUUUUGGACCAUGGGGCUGACCCAAACCAGAGAGAUGGACUGGGAAACACUCCCUUACAUUUGGCUGCCUGCACAAACCACGUUCCUGUCAUCACCACGCUGCUGCGCGGAGGGGCCAGAGUUGAUGCCUUGGAUCGAGCUGGUAGAACCCCGCUGCACCUGGCUAAAUCAAAGCUUAACAUCCUGCAAGAAGGACUCUCCCACAGCCUGGAGGCCGUACGCCUUGAAGUGAAACAGAUUAUCCAGAUGUUAAGGGAAUACCUGGAGCGUCUGGGGAGGCAUGAGCAAAAGGAACAGCUGGAUGACCUCUGCUCCAAGUUACAGAUGACCAGCACAAAAGAGCAGGUGGAUGAGGUUACAGACCUCCUGGCCAGUUUCACAUCGCUCAGCCUGCAGAUGCAGAAGAUGGAGAAGAGGUAACAGGCUUCCAAACCAUCUCCCUGAUCCAAAAGGAGAAGCCUUAGAGAGAAAGAGAGGAAGCUACAGCUUGCUUCCUAGACUGCUGAAUGAACAUUGCUGCCACGAGCUGUUCCUGCCAGAUCCACUCUCUGGGUGGUGCUCAGACUGUCCCUGCGGCUGCUGCCACAGCUGCCUCAUGGGCUGGCAGCAAGCUUUGGAUGAUAGAGUGCUGCAGCUGAGACCUUUGAAAAAAGCUGCUCCUCUUUUUAUCAGAUAGCGCUGAGUAGGAUGCCCCUUCCAGAGGCAUUCCACCUUCUAAGCUCUUCAAUUAAAUGUAAGUCGUGGCUGGAGCCGUGUGUGAUCACCAGUCCUGGCUAAUGCCCUCAGCAGCUGACCAGCAUCACAAAUCUGCUUGGAAUAGGGUUCUUUUGCCACCAUUGCAGUACAGAGUUGCACAGGGUAGAGAGUGAAAGCCUUGGACAGCAGAAGGGUUUGUGCAAAGGGAAUAACACAAACCUAAUGCUGCACUCUGGCAGCUGAGCAAAUACACUGCCUUUAGAAACAAGGGCAGAGGCUUAAUCCUAACCUUUCUCAGAGCCUACAAUCAGAAGGAAGAGAAUUUAUCUGGUUUUGAAUGGGGUACAAAGCUUUUAAUCAAUAGACUAACAGCUUCCACUGACCCCACUUUUUAAAUCACUGCCGCUAAUUAGUGCUUAAAUACUACAGUGAAAUACUUGUGAGAAAUACUCAGGUAGACAGUUAGCAGAUAAUAGCUGCCCUGAUGCAAGAAUUCUGAGGGUAGUUUAAUCCUAGUACAGAUUUAGGCAGACAUCUAUAUCUUGCAGAGAACCCCACCAUAACUGACUCUUCUGUUUCCCUUUACUGGUGGUUUCAGGCUAGAAACCCAGUGGCAACAGGAGGUGUUCUGGAGUCAGCCAUAUUAUUGGGCUGAGAUGGAGAUGGAUUUAUGGCUGCUGUAGCAGCAGCAAAUCCAGAGCUGACACCUGCGCAAUGUUUCUUGCUUGUCAUGGAGAUGUGCUUUACCAGGCUCUUAGGUUUAGCUUGGGGAAAGAGCUAUGACCUCUGCUGGAAGCCUGAGGCAAUGCAGCUGUGAAGGAUGCAGGGAAUUACCAUUGCUACUCUUUUGCAUCUGCUCCACUGAGAUCAGUAAUGAAGAUGUAGGCAGCUUGGUUUUGGAGCAUGGAUCCGUGAUAUCUUGCAGGCAGGGCAUAACUGGCAGCAGGAGGAGAAGAAUAUGCCUAGUAGCAAUCUGAAUUCCCAUCUGUGUACCACACUCAAAUCACUUGGUGUGCCGAUGCUGAUACCCAUCUCACAGCUUGAGAAUUGUGGGUUUGGAGUGCCCAUUCUUAGGAUUCAGCUUAAUCUUGUAACAGCCACAGUUCAGAGCAUUCUUCAGAGACCAUCAGGUCGGUUAGCCUCCUGUCAUCUAAAAACCGAUCCGUUCCUUGUACAGGAAAAGACUUAACUUGACCUCCAUGUUCAAAGCUGAGAUAUCAGAAACACGCAUGGCUUUUGAUGGGCUGUCCUUGGGGUGUUGGGAAGCCAUGGUUGGGACUAACAGUAUUGUGUUUUGGCUGGAACUGUCACUGUGAAUACUGAUGCUUCAUUAUGAUACGGCUGGAUGGGAAGGAUACUGAGGGAGUGGGAGACAAUCUGACCUUUUUGUAUUUUGAACUUCAAUAAAAUCCUGUCAGCCUUUUCUGA